UUGAAUUCUAUUAAAUAUAUUAAUUUUAAUUUGAAGGCAGACAUAUCAUAUUUCCGGGUUUGUUCCAGCUUGAUGCUGUCGGCUGCUACCUGCUACGUUUUCAGACAGACCUGCCAGCGGAUACAGGAACAAGGAUAGCACCAGUAUGAAGCCAUACUGGAAAGGUACUGGUUAGUUGUUUGUACUGCAGGCUGCUGCCUCUGGAUGGCGCUGUGUUAAAAUGUAUUAAUAUCAAGUCGAGGCAAAAUCGGUCUAAACGCAUGCAAGUAAAAAAAAAAAAAAAAGAUCUUGUACCUAACAUGUUAUUUAUUCUAAUACUACUAUGAGAGGGCUGGAUUCCUUUUUUGACAAUGAGCUGAUUGUAGGAAUAUCCAGACCAAUAAUUUGUCACGUCAGUCUUGUUAUUUACUGAAACCUGCAAAUGACAGUACUUGAACUAUAAGUACUUACUUCUUUUUCUAAUGGAGCAUUCAGAAAAGUGAGACUUCUAUCUGAACAUUAAAACUGAAUAAAACAAACAUGUAUGCACUGUUGUACGUGGCACAGCCAGGGUACUUUGGCAGGUUUUUAAACAGCAGAUUACACAAGAUAAUGACUUGAGGUCACACAAAAAGCACAUUUCUAUUUCUUGCUUGGAUGUAAACAAAGGGCUGUGGUGGAGUAGUCUAAUAUUGAGCCAAAAUGACAAACACACUUUGGCAGAUACACAACUAGAUACACAUCACACACACAUAACUUGUCUGCCAAAGAACCUCUUCAGCUUGAACAUUUCAUCUAUGAGAUAAAACAGAGCUGAAUAAGCCAGUAAGGUUGCCAAUAGUAGCAGUGGAGAGAAACAGAGAAAAACAGUGUGAGAGAGACAGGGACAGGGAGAGGGGGAGAAGGAGAAGGAGAAGCGGGAGGGAGAAAGGGUGAUGAUAAAACUUAACUGUGAGCCGUCCUGUGAGCUCAGUCAGAGCAAAGAAGCAACUGAGAACAGAGGUACAGGGAGUGCAGAGGCAAAAAAGGACCUACCACACAAAAUGUCACUGCUCUCUGACGUGAACGUUGCACGUGGCCUUGGACUUGAUGACUUGCUGGGAGAGUAAGCAGGGGGCACAUGAGUUGUGUCGGACAGAAGCAGAAGAGCAACCUGUAAAGUUUAAUGUUUUAUGAUAUCAGCAAGGAGAAAAGGAAAAACUGGACCUCCUUCAUCUACUCUUGGGCUUAGUUCACUCUGCAUCCCUUGCGGGGGUGCACGGUUUGCGGACAGACAGAUUGAACACCGAAGCGCAUCAUCUGAUGAAAGACAAUUUUUUGUGGAUCUUGCGGCUUUUCCAGCAACCACACGACUCUGCCAGAGACUGGAUCCACUGCACAGUGUGAGAAACAGCAGGAGAGAGCGGGGGGUGGGAAAGAGAAUAUUGCUAUCCAUCCCUAGCCCCCACAGCCCACCCUCAGCUUUGGACGCCCCUCCUCACUGCCUCUUCUUUUCCCCCCCUGAACCCCCCACCCCCACCCCUCUACACCUCACCCACCAACAGAGCAGAAAGCGUGAAAAAUCUCACUAAUGGGUUUAUUUGCUGUCAGAUCUGCGCCGAUCUGUCAUUCCCUUGGACCAUUCUGCUUGACACAUUUCAUAGUUGAGUAAGCCUCCUAGCUCUCUGGUUAGAGUUAACAGUGCCCCUGCAACGUUGCGCUGGCUGAGAGCUCAUCAAGAGAGGAGCAACGGCGGCAGCAGUCAGACUGACAGUCUCUUGGACAGGGAGUCCCUGAAGCUGCAUUCCUCCAGUCUCCUUCCCCCCGUUGGGACUUUGUGUUGAGCGUUGUGUGUUUGUGUGAGCCUUGUGGGCAUCCUCAGUUUCUGUCUAAUCCUUCACGACUGAGUCCUCCACAGAAGAUCCAGGCUGUUUCUACAGGGAUUCUGGUGCUGAUUUGAAAACGAGUGUGAAGAUGCGGUGUGGGGCUGGGCCUCUGGCCGUGGUGGCUGCAGUGUUUUGGACUCAGUGUGUCCUCCUGGAUGGUGUGGAUGCCAAGAAGGAGAGAAAGAAGCCAAAGGAGGCCACCCCACAACACACAGAGACCUACAAUGCUACUUUUUCCAAUAGUGAAGAGGUCGGUGGAAGCGUCAAGGUUUCUGACAACCAGCGAGUGGAUCCAUUGGGAUCAUGGAUGGACUUUGUCAAAAGACCAGUUGGCAACUUCCCUGGAAAGUGUCGCAAACGCAAACGACCCCUGCCGGGCCCACCUGGUCCCCCAGGUCCUCCUGGCCCACAGGGACCACCUGGCUCUCCUGGAGCUGAAGUGACCCAGGAAGUUCUUCUCCAGGACUUUAAAGACAUGAUUAAAGAGGCUACAGAUAGGAGAGCAGCAGCAUUGGAGAGACAAACCAGCCCCAGCCAGCUACCUACAGCUCUCCUCACCCUGGAGGGGAUGACCUCCUACCGGCGAAUAGAGGAGGCUUUCCACUGCAAGCUCAAGGGACCUGUGGUGGUCGACAAGAAGACUCUGGUGGAGCUCCAGAACUUUCAGACACCACCAGCUAAAGGAGCUUUCCUCAGAGGGUCAGGAAUGGACCAGUCCACUGGGAGAUUCACAGCUCCCAUCACUGGGAUCUACCAGUUCUCUGCUAAUGUCCACAUUGACCACAAUGAGGUGAAGAGGAGCAAGAGUCAGCUAAAGGCCAGGGACAAUAUUCGGGUGCUGAUCUGCAUCGAAUCACUCUGCCACAGAUACACCUCACUGGAGAUGAUUGUUGGAUUAGAAAGUAACAGCAAGAUAUUCUCUGUCAGCGUGCAGGGGCUGCUGGAGCUACAGGCCGGGCAGUACACCUCCAUAUUUGUGGAUAACGCAGCAGGCGCUUCCAUCACAAUACAGAACGGUUCCGAUUAUAUGGGUAUGCUGCUUGGUGUAUAGCCUCACUCAUGAGCAGGGUAUCGUCCAAGCCAUCCACUGCUGCAGUUUUCUUUUUUUAUCCAAUGGACUGCUUUUGAGCACAAUCCCACAACACCAAACCACAGGGGAGGUUUAAAGGAAGGAAAUGAGGCUGACAUGGACUUGACCGCUUGUCAGAUGGUGAAGGGACAGUGUGAAGAACUCAAGGACUGAGUUUGUUUUUCACAGUGCAUCACUGACACUUCCCGUAAGAACUUGGAUGCCUGUUGCUUCACCAAAAAAAGAAUACCAUGGAAAAAAAGCAGUGAAUAUGUCUGUUACAGUGUGUUUGUUGGAGUUUGUUGAAGACCUUUUGCGGUAAACCAAAUAUCAAUGUUUUUAAUGUUCUCUGGAUAGACAUUGGAAGAUGCUAGGUGACACAUUUGUGUGUUUGAUGUAUACUGACUUGUUGAUGUUUUCAGUCUACAUGAUCUAUUAUGUAUACACUCAUUAACUAUAGUUGUAUUUUUUAUCAUGGAUUGAAUCUCACAUUUAUAUAUGGUAUAUGGUACAUAGACUGUGAGUACACUGGACAAUGGAAACAUGCUCAAUAGACAGAAUACAGGCCACAAUAUAUUGUCCCACUUAUAUAAUGACAUGUUUUGUAACACAACUAUUACUGCAUUUUUUUAGCCAUGCUAGCGGCGUAGCAGUGUCCGACGUUGGGUCCACCAUUUUGGUUCAGAGCAAAGUCUCUCAACAACUUCUUGAUGAAUUGCCAAGCAAUUUUGCACGGACCUUUAUGGUCCCAUGAGAAUAAAUUCUGAUGACUUUGGUAAUCCACUUUCAUGUAGCCUCACCAUGAGGUUGACAUUUGUGAUUUUGACUGAAAUAUUACAACUAUUGGAUGGAUUGGCUUCAGAAUCGCUACACGCAUUCAUGUCCCCCUCAGGAAGAUAUGCAGCUGAUGUUAGCUAUACAUUAAACUAAGAUGGUAAACAUUUCAAACAAGUUCUUAAACAUGUUACCUGCUUAACAUCAGAAUCAGCUUUAUUGGCACAUACAUGGAAUUUGACUCCGGUUACACGUACGCUCUUGUCGUACAUAACAUGAUAAAUAUAAAAAGACAUUAAAGACAGAGUAGCAACAUUAACAUUUAACAAGUAUGUACAACAAUUUAAAACAAUGACAAUGAAUUAAUGUAAGCAUUUAAGAACCAUUGUCCCAAAGUACCGUCUUAUAGAGCCGCUAGCAUGGCUGUAGACUAUUAAGGCGAAUUCACAUUACAACAGAAGAACAAGGGUCUCGCGUUCGCGUUGGUCGGUACAAAAAUGACCACUCCGUGACUCCCAGUGGUGCUGUACCAGGUUCUUAGCCUUCAAUGCUGGGGGGGAGGGGUGGGGGGGCGGGGGGGCUAAAAGUCUGUACAUUAUUUUGGGGAAAACCCAAUAGCUGCCAAGGGAAUUUGGUCUUUCAGUUCGAGUAGCGGUCCACAGUGAUUGGCUUUUUGCAAACCGCAGACAUCCUCACAGAGCUUUCACAACACACCACAAUAAUGGAGGAGGCGCGUGCCAAAGCUGUUUUUCCACGAUAAUGUGAAUCCACCUUUAGUCUUAUUAAAAUGUGUCAGACAAAUUGAGAUCCACCUUUUAACCAAGGAUACGUUUUUUUUAACCGUAAGAUUAUUUUUACAGUCGAAUUUUAUUAUUUACUGUAUUUUAUUAUUUUCUUGAUAGAUGUUUGUAAUUUAUAAUAACUACUACACCAGUAACAUUGGAAAGCAUUGAAAUUGUAUAUGGUAUUUAUGUUUGAGGAAAUGUAUGAAUCACUUGUUGAUGACACUCUUGUGGACUCUUGUGAAACCACAGAUUAUUGCAAGGAUACAAUUAUAUCUUUUGCUAUUUUUCUAUUACCCAUACUAUGCUGUAAUUUGUAAUUAAACUUUUUUUAAAGUUGC